AUGCAGGUGUCAUUUGGAGGCCAGUUUAAGGCCUUGUUGAAGAAGAAUAUUCUUUUGAAAAAAAGGGCAAAAAAACAAUUUUUAAUGGAGUUGUUCUACCCCAUAUACUUUGCUGCAAUCCUUUCUGUCAUUAAACUAACAACAAAGACAGAUACACUGUCAUCGAUAUCCUUCAUGAAAGCCCGGACACUUGACAACAACACACUCCAGUAUCCAGACACUUUCCAAGGAAAGAACAUUCUGGUGUCCCCAGACACAGCAGAAAUCCGGACCAUCGCAAAUGAUUCUGUGGCCAUCCUUCAGCAGAUGUUGAAUUUACCAAGUCUGCCAACACUUCUGUAUUACUCUGAUCAAAACUCCAUGGACACUGCCUAUACAGCACACAGUAGUAACAUCAGUGCUGGACUCCUGUUUUAUUAUGAUGGCAAGACAAACACUUCCUACGCCAUACGGACACCACAUGAUAAUGCUGCAGAUACAACCAGUUGGAUAAGACAGCAAGAUCAAUGUCGUAAUGGAGAUGGACAGGACACUACAAACUGUGAUGCCAAUAAGUAUCUGAACAGUGGAUUUUGUCUUAUCCAAGCUGCAGUGGAUGCAGCAAUCAUAAGGAUUCAAACAGGUGACAGCAGUUUUCCUGUGCCGGAAAUUUCUGUUCAGAUGAUGCCUAAGCCAUCAUAUACGCCUGAUACAAGCUACCUUCAAACCAUCUCUUCCAUCUACUUUGUGAUAGCAUACUCCCCGUUUGUCUCCUACCUCACCACUAAUCUUGUGGCUGAGAAGGAGAAGAAGAUUAAGGAAAGCAUGAAAAUGAUGGGAUUGCGUGAUUCAGCAUUUUGGUUGUCAUGGGGACUCGUCUAUCUAGUUGUGAUUGCCAUAUCAACAGCAGUUAUCACAGUUCUUAUGAUUGCAACGUCAUUCUUUGCAAACAGUAAUGCCUUCCUAUUCUUCCUCAUCCUUUUCUUCUAUGGCCUUUCCAUCAUCACCUUUGCAUAUAUGUUGACACCCUUCUUCAGCAAGGCUCAGACUGCUGGUGGCUUGGCCAGUUUGAUGAGUAUAAUCUUUAGCUGUUUGUACCUGGCUGUGAGUCAGACCCGCACCAUGCUGCCAUCAGGUGCUGUUGUUUACAGUAUAAGUCCAGGAGUGCGCUGGCUCUUGUGUAUUCUCUCCCCAGUAGCUGUGGCAUUGGCUAUUGACCAGGCUAUAUUCCUGGACAAGCCAUUGAAUGGUGGAAUGAACUUCAGCACCAUAAAUGACGGUGAAUUCCCGCUAUAUGCGCCUAUGGUGAUGUUGCUUGUAGAUACUAUAGUGUACUUCUUCCUGGCAGUCUACUUGGACAAUGUCCUACCAGGGGAGUAUGGAGCCAGACAAAAGCCUUGGUACUUUUUGAUGCCCUCUUACUGGUGUUCUAAAGGGGAUGAUGAUCUGCAGCUACUCAGCAGAGUGGAGUAUGGAGAAGAUAAUGAAGAAUUUGUAGAGUCUGUCCCUGAAGACCUCGGAGACAAGACUGCUGUCAGAAUUCUAGAUAUUCACAAAGAGUUCAAGUCAAAGGAGACUAAAGAGAUGAUCCCAGCUGUUGAUGGCUUGUCACUGGACAUCUAUGAAGGUCAAGUCACAUGUCUACUAGGUCACAAUGGUGCCGGAAAGACAACACUCGUCAAUAUGUUAACAGGUUUAAUGCCACCAACCAAGGGAACAGCCUCUAUACUAGGUUUGAACAUUGCCAAUGGACUUGAUAUGCAGAAGAUCCGUUCUAUGACUGGUGUUUGUCCCCAACACAAUAUCAUAUUUGAUGAUAUGUCCUGUGUAGAACACAUACACUUAUAUGGUGCUAUCAAAGGUGUCCCUGACCAUCUUCUUCAAUCAGAGACAGAGACAUCUCUGAAGAAUGUUGAUCUGUACAAAGAGAGGAACACAUUUGCCAAGAACCUAAGUGGGGGACAGAAGAGAAAGCUCUGUGUAGCCAUUGCCCUUAUUGGCAACCCCAAGAUAAUUUUCCUUGAUGAGCCAACUGCUGGAAUGGAUCCCUACUCUCGACGCCAUCUUUGGUCAGUUCUUAAAGAGAAAAAGGAAGGAAGAGUUAUCCUUCUCACCACACAUUUCAUGGAUGAAGCUGACAUUCUUGCAGACCGGAAGGCCAUUAUCAGUAAAGGUCGAUUGAGAUGCUGUGGUUCAUCUUUGUUCCUGAAAAGUAAAUUUGGCAUUGGAUAUCACCUGAACAUGGUUGUAGACCCUGGAUGUGAUGUAGAUCAGGUGACACAGCUUGUCAAGAACUGUGUGGCAGGUGGAGAGUUACAGAGGACUCAUGGCAAGGAAUUGGCUUACACACUUCCACUGCAAGAGUUACAGAACUUUGCAGUUUUAUUCUCAACGCUUGAAAAACCAAACACCUCUCUUUCCACUAUGGCGGACUCACUUGGAAUAAAAAAUUAUGGCGUUUCCAUGACAUCUCUGGAAGAAGUCUUUCUCAAAUUAGAGGAAGACGACAGUUCAUUUGACUUGAAGGAUAUCACGAUGUCUCCAUCAAAGAAAUCAUAUGGAACUAUGCAAAAUUUUGACAAACACACAAACACAGAAGCCAUGACAAUGGAUACUGCUAUGUCCACCUCAUGUGUAGAUCGGUCCAAACUGAGAUCACAACAGUUUUGGGCUCUUUGCAAAGUUCGUUUUUUCAGACUGUUACGAGAUCCAGGGGCAGUCAUUUUUGCAUUGAUCUUUCCCGCCAUAUUUGUUUUGGCUGGUAUGUUGGUGAAUAAGUAUGUACAGUCACCUUCGACAGAUACUACUCCAGUACCCUUGUACAUUAACAAUGCUAUAACACAAUAUGCUAGAGAAACAAGUGCAGCUGCAGGUACCCCUACACUUGCUGUCAAUAAUGUUGUGGGUUCUGCAGAUUCAAUAGCCUUCAUGAAUACGAUCAGUUCUGCCUUUUUCACUGAAACCUUUGCUAAUGUUAGUGAUCUAUUGCCUGGCUAUCACCAAAUGGGGGUGCAACUGGACAAAUACACUGUCACUGGGUCGAUGAUUACCCAGGGUUUCACAGCAAUUUACAAUGACAGUGCCAUCCACUCCAUGCCAGCAGCAAUCAGCCUGAUGACAAGCAAGCUACAGAGUACUCUAAACCUCACAACUCUUCUGUCUGUAGUCAACCUGCCUUGGCCAAAAGGAGCCAGCGAACGUACUUAUGACCAGGGAGCUUUCUCAUCAACUAUAUUAGUUGCCAUGGCAUUUGUGACAGUGCCACCAUCAUUUGCUGUCCAACUUGUCAAAGAUAGACAGUUCAAGAUCAGGAGUCAGAUGAGGGUCACAGGUGUAACAUUUGGCAUGUACUGGGCGACCACCUUUUUUGUAGAUAUUCUACAGUACCUGAUACCAGCUACAUUGUCCAUUAUUUUCGCUCUAGCAUUUCAGCCGGCUAGUCUAACUUACAGUGGAGCAGUGUUGGCUAUGUUUCUCCUCUUUAUAUGCUUCGUGCCUGGCAACACCCUGUUUGCCUAUGUCAUAUCAUACCUUUUCACCAAGUUUGAAAGUGCUCAAGCAGCAGGAGUAACCAUGUUCUUCUUUAUUUCCUUUAUCCCUUACAUUAUUGUCUCACUGUUAGACAUGCUACUCAGGAACAAUGUAGCAUCCAUCCUCCACUACAUCUUCCUGGCUAUUGACCCUCCAUAUGCUGUGUUUGGAGGGUUCUACUAUAUAGACAGAGUCUACAGAGUCCACUUGUACUCUGGCAAUCCUAAUGCAGACAUCCCUGUCAGUGCCUACUUUGAACCUGAGUUUAUAAUGUCAUUUGUUAUGCCUUUAAUCCACUGUGUAUUGGGUUUCUUCUUGCUACGGAUGCUGGACAUCAAGAACACUGGUGGAGAUGUUCGAGAUGCUUUGCCCUGUCUGAAAAAGCAGAGAAACAGUCAAGUUAUACCUCACAAGAAUGAUGAUGCUAUUGAUGAUGAGGAUGAGGAUGUGACAAGUGAGAGGGAGAGAGUAAAAAGCAUCAAAUUUAACCGGGAAAAUGUUGCAGCAUAUGUGGAGAACUUGAGGAAGGAGUUUAAGAAAGAUGACUCUGGUGGUUGCUUUAAAAGAAAAACCAAAAAGGAAAAAAUCAAGGCGGUGGUCCGUAACACAACUUAUGCUGUAGAUACAGGAGAGAUCCUUGGACUCCUGGGACCCAAUGGUGCAGGAAAAUCUACUACAUUAAAUAUGAUGAUUGCUGAAGUUGGUCCUACUAAAGGAGAGGUUGUGAUUGGGGGAUAUGAUAUCCAUUCCUGUAUGUCAGAGGCAUUUGAGGGCUUAGGGUUUUGUCCUCAGCAUGAUGCACUGUGGGACGUUAUCACACUGAAGGAGCACAUUGAGUGCUAUGCGAAUCUUCGAGGAGUACCUAAAGAAAAGAUAAGUCCUUUGGCUAAUUUUUUUAUAGAUAAUAUGAAAUUAGAUGAACAUAAGAACAAGCAAUCCAAGAAGUUAUCUGGUGGAACCAAGAGAAAGCUGAGCUACAUCCUGAGUAUCCUGGGAAGACCAAAGAUAGUCCUCCUAGAUGAACCAUCUACUGGAAUGGAUCCUCAGUCCAAACGCUUCCUCUGGGACACGAUCAGCAGUUGUUUUGAGGGCUCAGAACGAGGAGCUAUCCUGACAACUCAUUACAUGGAAGAGGCAGAUGCUCUGUGUUCCAGAGUAGCUAUCAUGGUCAAUGGAAAACUUCAGUGUAUAGGUGAAACACAGCGCCUGAAGAAUAGGUAUGGAAGUGGCUACAUGUUGGAGGUCAAACUCCGUCUGUCAGGCGAUCUAGAGGCCAGGAUGGAGGCCCUUGAGGAUGAUAUGAAAAAUCUAUUUCCUGAUGCUGUUUGUCAGGAGAAGUUUGCUGAGAGGGCCCAAUACAGUAUUCCGAAGGCCAACGUAAAGUCUCUAGCCACAACUUUCACUGCUUUAGAACAAGCCAAAGCCAAACACAGCCUUGAAGAAUAUAGCUUUAGCCAGUCUACAUUAGAACAGGUGUUCCUGCAAUUUGCCAAACAACAGCUUGAUGAAAAUGCAUCCGAGGAACCAGAGGCCAAUGGAUCUGUUCCUGAAGUGUUGGUGGGAACCACUGGUGUUCAGAAUAGCAACAACAGCAACAUGACCUACUUUGAAACACAGCAAGAUAUGGCCGUGUCCAGUAUGUAGUCACUUGGAACUACUACCGCUACAACUUGAUGCACCAAAGCUGUGGAGUAUAACAGUAUAGAUAUCAGAAAGCUUAUAUAAAGACACAAAAAUACAAAGAUGUGAUCGAGAUGAUUUUUCAGGAAAUCUUCCACUAUUGGACAGAUAAUAUAUAAAGCAUAUAAUGGUUAUUUGAUCUAUACCAGAACACUUUAUUGACAUUCCAUAUCAUAAUUUUACUAUAAAUGGCAUCAUGCAUACACCUGACUAUAAAUGACAUGUAUAAAAUGACAUUAUACAUACAUUUUUAGCUCACCUAGCCCAAAGGGCCAAGUGAGCUUAUGCCAUAGCGCUGCAUCUGUUGUCCGUCCAUCCAGCGUCCAUCAACUUUUCAUUUAAACAACUUCUGAAAUACCGAAAGGCGUAGAGUUAUCGUAUUUGGCUGGAAGGUUCCUUUGAUGAAGCCCAACAAAUUUUGUGAAAAAAAUAACCUUGACCUAUAUUCAAGGUCACAGAGGUCAAAUGUAUAAAAACUUUAAGCGACUUCUUUCAAAAUACCGGAAGGCCUAGAAUCAUUAUAUUAUGCUACUAUGUUCCACUUAUGGUGUCCUACAAAUUGUGCUAAAAGAAAUGACCUUGACCCAUAUUCAAGGUCACAGAGGUAAAAUGUGUUAAAACAUUUAAGCGACUUCUUUCAAAAUACAAGAAUACCUAGAAUCGUUAUAUAUGGCUGGUAGGUUCCUUUGAUGAAGCCCAACAAAGUUUGCAAAAAAAAAUAAAUAACCUUGACCCAUAUUCAAGGUCACAGAGGUCAAAUGUAUAAAAACUUUAAGCGACUUCUUUCAAAAUACCGGAAGGCCUAGAAUCAUUAUAUUAUGCUACUAUGUUCCACUUAUGGUGUCCUACAAAGUGUGCUAAAAGAAAUGACCUUGACCCAUAUUCAAGGUCACAGAGGUAAAAUGUGUUAAAACAUUUAAGCAACUUCUUCCAAAAUACAAGAAUACUUAGAAUCAUUAUAUAUGGCUGGAAAGUUCGUUUGAUGAAGCCCAACAAAGUUUGCAAAAAAAAAAAAUAAUAAUAACCUUGACCCAUAUUCAAGGUCACAGAGGUCAAAUGUGUUAAAACAUUUAAACAAUUUCCUCUGAAAUAUCCAAAAGCCUAGAAUCAUUAUAUUUGGCCAGUAUGUUCCUUUUAUGAAGUCCAAGAAAGUAAAAGAAAUGACCUUGGCCAACAAGGUCACAGGGGUCAAAUGUGUUAAACGUGGAACAUAUGCACAGAUAUAGUAAUGUGAGUGAUACAGGCCCUGUGGGCCCCUUGUACUGUAAUUGACAUCAUGCAUAUUUUUGACAAUAAAUGCUAUCAUACAUACAGAAUGACUACCUAUAUGGCAUCAUGAAUAUAUUUUACUAUUUAAAACAUCAUACAAAAAGACAUUAGCAUUUUUUGACCGUAAAUGACAUCAUGCAUACAAAAUGAUAUCGUGCAUACAAAAUGAAACUACAUACAUUGACUGUAACUGACAUUGUACAUAAAAAAUGACAUCAUGCAUACAAAAUGACCUUACACAUACAAACUGACAUUGUACAUACAAACUGACAUUGUACAUACAAAAUAAAACUGUACAUUUAUUGACUGUACAUGACAUCAUACAUACAAAAUGAUAUCAUAUAUACAUACCUGCAUACAUAUCAUGUGGAAAUGACUUAUUGGUACAUGGAUUAUAUGUAUUGUGUGCUGUGUUCUGUAUUUUUUUUUUUAAAUGUCUGUGAAACUGUGAUACUUUUAAUUGAUAUUGAGAACAUUGACAUGGUGAAACUUUCUAGAUGUACAGUAUACAAAUUUUAUCCUUGUGUACUAUAGGAUUUCUUAUAUAAAUGAUUAUGUCAGUAUUUAGUUUUCUUGUGGUACAUCCAAGUUCUCAAUCUGUUUCAUACUGAAGUGCUUUACAGAAAACAAAUGAAAAAAUUGAAGAAGUGUCUUUAAUUCAUUAUGUAUCAUUUUAUCUUUGAUUUUUAGUGUUUGGCAAUUUUCUAAUUGGAAUUUAAAAAUGGUAAUACAAUCAUGUUAUACGUUUGGAUGAAAAACAUAAAUUACAACAUGUGUGCAGUAUUGAAUUUCAUUGAAAGAAAAUUUAUUUUAAAGAAAGUACUUUUCUAAAUAGUAUAAAUUAACUCAUAGGUAGCUUUCACCUGCUAUCCAGCAGACUGGAUCAGCCCUACUGAUGGAGACAGGCUUAGUGGUGUUCAGUCACAUGACUAGGGAUUUAUCCUAAAGUCAUGGCACAGGAAACACGCCGCGUGUGGCAUCCUCUGUCCCAGGUGAGGUCAGGUCUGUAUUUUGACUUGAGAGAGUAUGGAAUUUGUUAUGUUUAAUGAAUGGAGGAAAUGGCAUAUAUUACAGAAUGAAUAUGUGAUGUCCUAGAACAGUCAUGGAAAACAUUUAUAAAAUUCAUAAAAUGGAAAUAAAGAAUCCUACAACUGUUUUUAGAUUGAAUUUCGUAUGAAUUUAUGUAUGGUUGUAGUCACCAUAUAACAUUUUAAAAAUAUCCGUCUUAUGCUGGCUCAGAUUCGCAUUGUAGAUAGAAAUCUUUUCCAGAGAUAUAAAAAGGUGAUAAACCACCAGAAGUGUCCCAAGAAAUUAGAUUUGUGUGCUCUAAAUGAUACACUGGUCGGGGUUACCAACUUCACCACAUCUGCUGUUUAGUCCAGGUAUUCAGCUGCUUAGGCUCCAUCCAUGUUUACUUCCUGUAACUUUCCAUUUUGGUGAACAAGAGUGAUUCUUGUUAGCUAGAAAUCGUUUUAUGAUAAUUGAGAAUAUAAUUUCAUUUUAAAAGGACAGCAGUUUAGAACCAUGAACUUACAUACUACUUAUCAUUAUAUUAGUCAUAGAACCAUGACUGUACAUACAUGCUGUUAUACUUAUUGUGUUCAUUAAAAGAACCAAAUUGUUGAUUUUCUUGAUUGUACCUUUAAGUGAUUAAUCAAUUAAUAUCGUGUCUUCAUUUAGUUGCUAUAUUAUAAUUUACAGAUGAGUGACUGGUACUUAAGGUAGUGAUAUCCACUGAUGUUAGUGUAGAAACAAUCACAUUAUUUUUAUGUAAAUAACAUACCAGAAGAUUUAUGUUGAACUAUAAUUAGUAAGAAAGUUACGUGUAAUUAGGUGUUGCAUUAUUUGAUUUAAUUUAAAUUUAAUUGUUAUAACUACUGGUAUAUCAAUAUAUAUUUAUGAAAUAAAUAUUGUUUUGAUGAAA